CUCUUUACUUAGGACCAACUGCAUCUUCCCUUAAUUAAAACUCCACCAAUACUCUCUCUCCACCUCAUCCAGCAGUUGACUUCACAAAACUUGAAUUCCCCAAAUAACCAACUCUUUUGUCAUUGAGCCAUGGCUGACCAAACCAAAACAGCUUCUAUCAUAUGCAACUUCUUCCAUCACAAUCCCACCUGCUUGGCUUUUCUUUUUCAAGGAGGUGAGAGAUCAUGAACAACACAAGUGACUCUGGUGGCUUCCUUGGUUCCAACAACAUUGGUGGCUUUGGUUAUGGCAUUGGUGUCUCAGUUGGCAUCCUCCUGCUCAUCACAACCAUCACCCUUGCUUCCUACUUCUGCACCAGAACUCAGCAGCCGCCUGCCCCGGCGACACACAGGAACAACAACAUCCUUGAUCCACCUGACCUGCAAAACUUUGUUGUUGAUAUAGGACUUGAUGACAGCACCAUUGAGAGCUACCCGAAGAUGCUUUACUCCGAGGCCAAGCUCCAAAAGACAGACUCCACUGCCUCCUGCUGCUCCAUAUGUCUUGCUGAUUACAAGGGCACCGAUACACUCCGUCUACUGCCGGAUUGUAAACACCUCUUCCACCUCAAGUGUGUUGAUCCGUGGCUGCGGCUGCAUCCCACCUGUCCCGUCUGCAGAACAUCUCCAAUCCCAACACCUCUGUCGACUCCUCUGGCAGAGGUGGUUCCAUUGGCAAGCAGGCGAGACUGAUGGAAUGGAUAGAGUGAAGGGAGCAUGGAUUUGAUUUUGGGGUGUUUUUGCAUUAUUUAUAUACAGAAAAGUCAUUAGCAUAUAUCAUCGAAGUUCUCCCAAAUGUUGAUGGAGCUCUUCCAUAGUGAAACUUUCUUCAAUUCUUUCUUUUAUGUAGCUUGAGAUCUGGUUGUAAGAAUUCAUAAUAAUUUUGGGAUUUAUACAUUAUUUA